UGGAUCAACAAAGCGGCCAAAACCAGCAGGACGAGAACUCACCAGAAGUUUAAACCGUGUUUUUUUUUAUGAUGUUUUAUUAAGAGUCGCAGCAGGAGCUUGAGCUCGGCGCCAUUGUUUGUGUUUGCAUUAGUUAGUUAAUUGCAAAAGCUGCGAUGUGGAGAGGCGGAGGGGGGGAGGGAGAGGCGAAGGAGGCACCGGAGAAAGGAAAGGAGGAGGGACCCAGGACUUAAUUAUAACCGAUUGGUUUGUGCGUUGUGAGUCUGACUCAAAGCCAAAAUUACAUUACAUUUUAAUUAUUAAUCAUUUUAACCGAGUGACUUGCUUGAGGUUUUUUUUUAUUUUUUGGAGUGGCUUUUCUUCUUCUUUUCUUUCUUGACUCCUUGCAUCGUUACUAAAGGCCUCCGUGGUGAUAUCCGGGAAGCAGCAGCACCGUGGGACUGCUAGCGGCUCGUGGAUCUCGUCAGGCGUGGAAGGAAAGUGCGUUAUUGUUAGUGGGCGCUCAUCAUCAUCAUCAUCAUCACCCUCUUCUUCCGGCCUGCUGAGAAGCGAAGCCGGGAGCUGGAGUUUGCCACGGAGGACUCGCCAUGGCGGUAAACCUGGACAAGGAAGCCUACUACCGACGGAUCAAGAGAUUUUACGGCAACUGGAAGAAAGGAGAAGAUGAGUUCGGUAAAGUUGACGCCAUCGUGGUGUCCGUGGGAGUGGACGAAGAAAUUGUGUACGCCAAAUCCACGGCCAUACAGACGUGGCUGUUUGGCUACGAGUUGACGGACACCAUCAUGGUCUUUUGCGACACCAAAAUUAUUUUCCUCGCCAGCAAGAAGAAGGUGGAUUUCCUCAAACAGGUUGCUAUCACUAAAGGCAACGAGAACGCCAACGGCGUGCCGCCCAUCACCCUGCUCACCAGAGAAAAGAAUGAAAGCAACAAGGCCAACUUUGACAAGAUGAUCGAGGCGAUCAGAGGCAGCAAGCAGGGCAAGACGGUGGGCUUCUUCAGCAAAGACAAGUUCCCCGGAGACUACAUGAAGAGCUGGAACGACACCAUCACCGCCGAGGGGCUGGAGAAGGUGGACAUCAGCGCUGUGGUCGCGUACACGAUGGCGGUGAAGGAGGACGGCGAGCUGGCGCUGAUGAAGAAGGCCGCCGCCAUCACCAGCGAGGUUUACUCAAAGUUCUUCAAGGAGCGCGUCAUGGAGAUCGUCGAUGCAGAUGAGAAAGUGCGCCACAGUAAACUGGCCGAGUCGGUGGAGAAGGCCAUCGAGGAGAAGAAGUACCUGGGGGGUGCGGAUCCUUCCACGGUGGAGAUGUGUUACCCCCCCAUCAUCCAGAGCGGCGGCAACUACAGCCUGAAGUUCAGCGUCGUCAGCGACAAGAACCACAUGCACUUCGGUGCCAUCACGUGCGCUAUGGGGAUCCGCUACAAGUCGUACUGCUCCAACCUGGUGCGCACCCUCAUGGUGGACCCCCCCCAGGAGAUGCAGGACAACUACAACUUCCUGCUGCAGGUGGAAGAGGAGCUGCUGAAACAUCUCAAACACGGUGUGAAAAUCAGCGACGCCUACAACGCCGUUCAGGAUUACGUGAAGGAGAAGUCGGACCUCGUAUCAAAGCUGACCAAAAACCUCGGCUUUGCGAUGGGAAUUGAGUUCAGGGAAGGCUCCUUGGUGCUGAACGUUAAAAACCAGUACAAACUUAAAAAAGGCAUGGUGCUGAGCAUCAGCUUGGGCUUCGCUGACCUCGUCAAUAAAGAGGCCAAGAAGGACGAGCAGAAGAAGUACGCCCUGUUCGUCGGCGACACGAUACAGAUCAAUGAGGAAGACGCAGCGACGAUACUCACACCUGUGAAGAAAAAGAUAAAGAACGUGGGGAUCUUCCUGAAGAACGACGACGAGGACGACGAGGAGGAGGACGGGGACGACGCGGAGGAGCUGCUGGGGAAGGGCGCCCGCAGCGCCGCCCUGCUGGCGGACAGAACCAGAAACGAGCUGACGGCGGAGGAGAAGAGGCGGGCCCACCAGAAGGAGCUGGCCAAUCAUCUGAACGAAGAGGCCAAGCGGCGCCUGACGGAGCGGCAAGGAGAGCAGCAGAUUCAGAAGGCCAGAAAAUCCAACGUGUCCUAUAAGAAUGUGUCUCAGAUGCCGCGAGAGAAGGACAUCCGAGAAAUGAAGAUCUUCAUCGAUAAGAAGUACGAGACGGUCGUCAUGCCCGUGUUUGGCAUCGCCACGCCGUUCCACAUCGCCACCAUCAAGAACAUCAGUAUGUCGGUAGAGGGCGACUACACCUACCUGAGGAUCAACUUCUACGUGCCCGGCAGCUCCCUAGGGCGCCAGGAGGGAAACAUCUUCCCCAACCCCGACGCCACCUUCGUCAAAGAAAUCACGUACCGGGCCUCCAACCUCAAGACCCCCGGCGACCCGUCGGUGCCCUCCACCAACCUGCAGAACGCCUUCCGCAUCAUCAAGGAGGUGCAGAAGCGCUACAAGACGCGGGAGGCGGAGGAGAAGGAGAAGGAGGGCAUCGUCAAGCAGGACUCGCUGGUCAUCAACCUGAACCGCAGCAACCCCAAGCUCAAGGACCUCUACAUCCGGCCCAACAUCGCCCAGAAGAGGAUGCAGGGCUCCCUGGAGGCGCACACCAACGGUUUCCGCUUCACGUCGGUCCGCGGCGACAAGGUGGACAUCCUCUACAACAACAUCAAACACGCCAUCUUCCAGCCGUGCGACGGCGAGAUGAUCAUCGUGCUCCACUUCCACCUCAAGAACGCCAUCAUGUUCGGCAAGCGGCGCCACACGGACGUCCAGUUCUACACGGAGGUCGGCGAGAUCACCACCGACCUCGGCAAGCACCAGCACAUGCACGACCGGGACGACCUGUACGCCGAGCAGAUGGAGCGGGAGAUGAGGCACAAGCUCAAGUCGGCCUUCAAGAACUUCAUCGAGAAGGUGGAGACGCUGACCAAGGAGCAGCUGGAGUUCGAGGUUCCGUUCAGAGACCUCGGGUUCCAGGGCGCCCCCUACAGGAGCACCUGCCUGCUGCAGCCCACGUCCGGCUCCCUGGUGAACACCACCGAAUGGCCGCCGUUCGUGGUGACUCUGGACGAGGUGGAGCUGGUCCACUUUGAGCGCGUGCAGUUCCACCUGAAGAACUUCGACGUGGUCAUCGUCUACAAGGACUACAACAAGAAGGUCACCAUGAUCAACGCCGUGCCCGUCAACUCCCUCGACCCCAUCAAGGAGUGGCUCAACUCGUGUGACAUCAAGUACACGGAGGGCGUCCAGUCCCUCAACUGGACCAAGAUCAUGAAGACCAUCGUCGACGACCCGGAGGGCUUCUUCGAGCAGGGCGGCUGGUCCUUCUUGGACCCGGAGAGCGAGGGGAGCGGCGCGGAGGAAGACUCCGAGUCGGAAAUGGAGGACGAGACCUUCAACCCGUCUGCAGAUGAAGAGGAGCAGGAGGAGGAGGACAGCGACGAGGACUACGACUCGGACACGGAGGACUCGAAUUACAGCGGCGAGUCGGAGGGCAGCGAGGAGGAGAGCGGCAAGGACUGGGACGAGCUGGAGGAGGAGGCCAGGAGAGCUGACAGGGAGAGCCAGUACGUGGAGGACGACACCACCGCGGCCCCCGCCGCCAACAACAACAACAACAGCAGCAAGAAGAGGAAGGUCCGCCCUUCAGCCCCCAGCAGCGCGCCCAGCAAGAAGAAGAGACGCUCCUAAACACACACACACACACACACGCGUACUGCCAAACCUAGUCGACCCCUCCCUCGCCCCAAAAUGGCUCUUCUGACUUGUAUACUGAAGAAAACAACAACCCCCCCCCCCCCUCCAGCCGGACAGUCACACACACUGCAAUCAAUAGCCCCCCCCACCCACCCCUUCCUUCUCCAUCCAUCAGGGUUGUGUGUGUGUGUGUGUGCGUGUGUUUAAAUGGAUUUUUAUUGCGAGCAUUGUUGGGUUUUUUUGUUCUUUUGAGAGAAAAGUUUCUGAUGGGAAAAAAAAAACUUAAAAUAUUCUGUUUUUGUAUAAAAACUGAGACUUUACACCUCGUUGUCUUUGUUUCACGUCCCCUCGUCUUUUCCUCAGUGUUUGUUCCGUUGUAGUAAUAAGAUUGAACAUAUUCUCUUAUUGAGGGGGGGGCAGAUACAUCUUCUGAUUUCUUUUCUUUAAAUGGGGUGUAAACUGUCACACACACAUGCACGGACACACACACACACCGCCUCCCUCGUCCUCUGAUCUUUUUGUUAAUUCUGAGUAGGUUUGUUGUACUGUUGAUUCUGAGAAUGUUGUUUUUGUAAUAAAAUUAAAAGGAACUUAA